GAAACGCGAUCAGACUUUGUAUGUCGGACGUAGACACUCGUCAAUAGAUGGCUAACCUCUACUCAGACAUAGACCAGUUCGAUCCUUAUACAGGAAGAACCCCCGGAACAACUGUAAACGGUUUAACUUACUCCGAGCUAAGCAUUGAUGAGCCUUCAAAAUGGAUAAUAGGAGAGAUGACGACACCUAAAGAGCUCCCUUCCCCAAGCCUCAGAAUUACAACCUUACGGAUCUACCCCGAUAAGAUAAUACCCCCAAAAUGGUUUGGACAAGCGCUAGUUGCUUUUGAGAGUCUUCCCACAGACACAUACAACACGUCAUACUUGCUUGAGCACGGCUCCUGUCAACCGAGCGAGACAUACCAGUGGGGCUUCUCAUACAUCUUUCUCUUUAUGGUUUCCAUAUUCAACUUCAUCUGGACGUGCAUCAUGAUAGGCAUGUGGCUCGAUACACGGCUGAGCUCGAGAAUGUACAAGAGUGGGCGGAGACCGGGGCUACUGCGCAGCAUUAUGGAUUACUCGGCUGCGAUCAGGCAGGAGCUCGGUACUGAGGCGGAAUACCUAGAGGAGAACUGCUUGCGGAAGCGUUUGAAGCAGAGCGGAGGUGCAUUGAUAGUACCGAGUGGGGAGCUUAGGAUAACGCGGGUGGAUACUGGAGAGAGUGGGAUGAGGGAGAGGGACUGGCGGAGGAGAUUGUUGAAGGGAAGCACAUUUUAGGAAGGCAGAGCCGUUCAUGGCAUCAUGAUCAUUAUCGUCGAGAAAUGUGGAAGGGGAUGGAGUUCUAACGCUCUAACCCCAUUGAA